AGCACUGCUUUCCCAGGCACAUUAGCAGGGAGAUGGAUCCCAAGUGGAGCAACCGGGACACCCACUAGUGCCCAUCUGGGAUGCUGCCUUGGCUACCGCCUGUGCCACAACGCCAGCCCUAAGGCAGGAUUUUUGCUGAGCAGAUCCAGGAGGUGCAGUUCUCCUUUCCACUCGCUAGUUGUCUGUUUAGUUGGUAUGUUGGGUGUGGUCUUCCCCAAGCAAUCUAGCGCAGGCUGCAGAGAGGAAAGAUUACUGGCUUCUAAGCAAGAGGUUUGGGCUGGAACUCCACUCUGCCGUUUAAUGAAUGUUUUUGAUCAUCGUGAACAGGUUAGCAACUCUCCACCUCCAAGAAUGGGAGUGACAAAAAUACAGAUCUGUGUGGAAGGCAACAUUGCCAGCGGGAAGACGACAUGCCUGGAGUUCUUCUCCAACACCACAGAUGUCGAGGUGUUAAUGGAGCCUGUGUCCAAGUGGAGAAAUGUGCGUGGCCACAAUCCUCUGUUUGUAUCCAGAGGAAAACGGAGAACAGAAAUGUGCCAAGGAGCAGAAUGAGAACAGUGGUGCUGGGCUCCGGAGCAGAAGAGCCUGAUGUACCGAGAUGCCUGGCGAUGGGGCCUCACACUGCAGACGUACGUGCAGCUCACCAUGCUGGAACAGCACACGCGCCCGCAGACAUCACCUGUUCGGUUGAUGGAGCGGUCAAUUCACAGCGCCAGAUAUGUUUUUGUAGAAAACCUAUACAGAAGUGGGAAGAUGCCCGAAGUGGACUAUGUGGUCUUGUCCGAGUGGUUUAACUGGAUUGGGAGGAACCUGGACGUGCAUGUUGAUUUGAUAGUGUAUCUGCGGACUAACCCCGAGAACUGCUACCAGAGGCUGAAGAAGAGAUGCAGGGAGGAGGAGAAGGUCAUUCCGCUGGAGUACCUGCGUGCCAUCCACCACCUCUAUGAGGAGUGGCUCAUUGCUGGAGACCGUUUCUCUGUGGCAGCUCCUGUUCUGGUGAUAGAGGCUGAUCACGACAUGGAGAAGAUGCUGGAAGUGCUCGAGCAAAACCGGAACCAAAUAUUGGCGCCAGAAAACCGGAAGCGUGGCCCCUAGGACAGGAAAGGCUCAUGGGAUUGUGUCAGAAAAAUACCUGCCGCUGCCCAGUUAGGAGCUGUCUGGAACCAUCUCUUGGGGAGAGAGGGCCUGGAGGGCAGGGGGACUCUACCUGGCUGGAUCUGUUCUCUUUGGCUAGGGUCCUGGCCUUGGGUUUCUAACCCUUGUGGGUGACAUUUGGGACCAGUG